UCCAGAAAUCUGAAAAUCCACCAAGCUCUCUCUUUCUUUUCUCGAACCAGAAUUUCCCGCCAAAUCACUAAAAUAGCUUCCUCUUCACACAAAUUGAAAUCAAGUGAUAAAUGUAUGCGAGGAGAGCAAGAAAGGUUAGAGAAGGGAGACAAUGGAGACUGUGAGUAAAAGAAGAAAGCCAUUAUCUGAUCGAACCAACACCAUCGCCUCCGCCAACAACUCUUCUGUGUCUUCUUCUUCUUCUCCUUUUGUCAAGCCCACGAAACCCCAUCCCUCUGUUCCUGUUUCUUCUGUCUUCAAGAAGCUGCUGAAAGACAUAAAAAACGACACCAGCAACAAAAGAGACGACAACAGUAAUCGCAUUAAUGGCUCCUCAAACCCUAGCGAGCCCACAUCCUCACUGCCGCCGCCUCAUACACCCGUACCAAUUCGGCCGCUCAAAUCGACGUCUGCUUCUGGUACUGGUAAGCAUGACGAUUCUGAGCCUUGUACAGUAUACACUCGAAGAAAGUCGGCACAUACAACAAGAAGUAGAGGGAAGGAAAUUGCCAAACCGAUUUUUUCUCCUGGUGCAAAGACAGAAUAUAAGAGGGAUAAAAUGAAUAAAGUCAGAAAUACCCGUGCCUCCAAGUCAUGUACAGUGCCACCGCCUUUUAGAAAGGUGGCAUUAGUCGGAUUAGGUUCUUGCUCUAAAACUUCAGCAACCAAACAACUGAAUCUGCCUAUGAUCUUAUUGCAGAAGCCGCGUGGGAUACUGUCCAAGCAAGAUAAUUCCAACCAUGCCUUGCCUGAGGAUUUUAUUGAGCAACAAAGAGAGUAUUUUGCGGAAAUUGAUGCAUUUGAACUGCUAGAGGAGGAGGUUAAAUUAGAUGAUGACUUGACAUAAAGUACAUGCGAUUGAGAAACGUGUAGGAUGAGGAAUGAUAACCAUCUGGCAUUCCAUGUACAGUUAGACUAGUUUACCAUGACUUGCUUUGGUAUGGUUCUCACCCAAUUUUGUUGCUGUUAGCUGCUUGAUAAUCUCUUACACUGUUGUCUGUUCUGUGCAAGAAAGAUGUAUCGCCUACCGUUUUUGACAAGAAUUUGAUCCACUUGUGGAGAGCAUUGCCUUUGUCCAUGUUUUGGAUAUAUAAUGUUGAUUGGCGUAUCAAACACUGCACUGAGUUACGUGCAAUUCUUAAUGUUUAUUCUCUCUCUACAUAA